AAAUUAAAGAAUAUUUUUCCCGACUCAACGGGCCCUUAACAUGCUGAUCUCGAGUGCUCCGAAGUCAUCAUCAGCUGACUGAAGUUCAAUCAAUCAAUCAAUCAAUCAUGACGGCGAACCUCCGUUGCGUGAUCGUGGCCGUUGACGGCAGCGAGCAGAGCAUGAACGCCUUGAGAUGGGCGCUUGACAACCUCAAGCUCCGAGCCCCUGCGGCCGACUCCACGGAAACCCCUGGCACCUUCAUCAUACUCCACGUCCAAUCUCCGCCGUCCAUCGCAGCUGGACUCAAUCCAGGAGCUAUCCCCUUCGGCGGGCCCAGCGACUUAGAGGUGCCAGCCUUCACUGCGGCGAUCGAGGCGCAUCAGAAGCGGAUAACAGAGGCUAUUUUGGAACAUGCUUUGGAGAUCUGCCGCCAAAAAACCGCCAAUGUUAAAACGCAAGUGGUUAUUGGGGAUCCAAAGGAGAAGAUUUGUGAAGCCGUUGAAAAUCUGCAUGCUGAUUUGCUUGUGAUGGGGUCUCGUGCUUUUGGCCCUAUUAAAAGGAUGUUCUUGGGAAGUGUAAGCAACUAUUGCACCAACCAUGCAGAAUGCCCUGUCAUUAUAGUCAAGGGCAAGGAUGCUUCAUCAUAAACUACUACAGAGACCCUUGUGCUCUUAUCUCAUGGCCUCUCGUGAAUUUGGUGGGGACUCGCAUAAAUUUGUUUUAUUAGGAUUGCUUUGGUUUCACACUUCUCUACUUUUUGUCCUCGUCAAUCUUUUCUGAAACGGAGGGGGCCGAGAUAAAAGAUGACCCACAGAUUGGCUACUCUACCUGUUAAAAAAUACAGGGCAAUUUUGAUUAACCAUGCUUAUGAUCCUCCUCCUAAAAUGAUUUUGUUGCAUGUGAAGAUGGAGGCUGUAAUCAUCAGGCUUGGGUCCGCGAAAGAGAUAGGACGAUGAUAGUGUUAGCGUGGGGACGUCUGGACCCAUACGUCAUAGAAAAGUCUCUGUAUAUGCCCGUGAACGACAGCAUCUUGUGCACUUCCCCAUGUACGGAUUAAUUCAUUUUCUUUUUAGCAAGUUCUGGAUUCCUUCAAGAUCAGACCAGUUCACGAGCUGCUGUAUAUUGCCCCUUUUGCUUUAUGGUUUUAAUUAGCUUCU